AUGAAAGUGACAGUGUGUUUCGGAAGGACCCGGGUGGUCGUACCUUGUGGAGAUGGGAAUAUUAAAGUCCACAGUCUUAUCCAGCAGGCGGCCAUGAGGUAUAAGAAAGCUAUAGCGAAGGACCCAGGCUAUUGGAUCCAGGUUCACCGCUUGGAGCAUGGUGAUGGAGGCAUCCUGGACUUGGACGAUGUGCUGUGUGAUGUAGCUGAUGAUAAAGACAGGCUGGUAGCAGUGUACGAAGAGCAGGACCCCCAUCAUGGAGGUGAUGGGACUAGUGCGAGUUCCACAGGCAGUCAGAGUCCGGACGUGUUCAGCAGAGGAGAGCUGAGCUCCAACAGCCCUUCAGCCUUUCAGCCCUACCACAACAGUAGUGAGAUCGAGGUUACACCAUCAGCACUGCGAACCAACAUGCCCCUGCAUGUCAGACGCAGUAGUGAUCCCGCUUUGGUAGCCCUAACAGAAUCUGCACUCCAGCCAGAUGAGCCAUCUCGAAAGAACCCCUCCCGUUGGUCCACUACUGCAGGCUUCCUCAAACCAAACGCCACCAGUGGAACCAACAGCCUGGAGAGAAAGGGUAAGGGGCCAGCCUCGUAUCGCAGUCUGCCUCGUGAUACAGCAGCAUGGGCCAGCCAAUUUCAGAGAGAGAGUGCACGCUCCUCCCUCAGCGCCAAUCACCCCAUGGUGGACCGCUGGCUGGUGCGCCAGGAACAGGAUGACGAAGACGAAGAAAGGAGGAGAGACGAAGGCAGGAAUGGACGGAUUGAACCCGUGGGCCGGGCUGACUCCUGUGUUGAAUCACUCAGUCUAGAAGACAUGCUGAAGCCAGUCGAGGUGUCAAAUGGCGGUGGGCCAUUGGGUAUCCAUGUAGUUCCAUUCAGCUCCAGAGACAGAAGGACGCUGGGUCUGCUGGUGAAGCGGCUGGAGAAGGGCGGAAAGGCGGAGCGGGAAGCGCUCUUCCAGGAAAAUGACUGCAUCGUCCGCAUUAAUAACCACGACCUGCGCAACAUCCGAUUUGAACAAGCACAGAACUUGUUCAGGCAGGCCAUGCGUUCGCCACUCAUUCUAUUUCAUGUGGUGCCAGCGGUGAAGAAACCCCUGUAUGAGCAACUCUCUCAGUGUGAGUUUGGCUUACAGUCUGGCCCAAGUCCUGAACCAGGUCCUGGGCCCAGUGGCUUCACCCCUGAUCCCAAACCUGGGCCUGCACCCAGCCGUCUCACGCCUGACCACAAACCUGGGGACCGGGGGAGUUUGGUAGUGGGAAGCAUCAACUACAGCCCUCAGAGAAUGUCUAAGACUGGACCACACCCUAACCUCAAUCAUCAGCCACUUCCUGUCCACCCAGAGCAGAAUAAGGCUCAUUCCACCUUACCAGCAGUUGGCAUCACCCCUCCAGCCAAAUCCCCACUUGAGGGGCCAGCGCAACCCCUUAAGACAGCUACACCCACCACUUCCACUGGCUUCUCUAAAAAGAUUGGCCGCAAGUUCAAUGUGCAGCUGAGAAAAGGUCCUGAGGGGCUGGGCUUCAGUAUUACAUCACGUGAUGUCCCUAUCGGAGGCUCCGCCCCCAUCUAUGUGAAGAACAUCCUCCCUCGUGGAGCAGCUAUCCAAGACGGACACCUGAAGGCUGGCGACCGGCUACUGGAGGUGAAUGGAGUGGAUCUGAACGGGAAGUCUCAGGAAGAGGUGGUCGCUCUGCUCCGCUCCACUCCGAUGGGAGGCACUGUGAGUCUGCUUGUCGUCAGACAAGAGGACGCCUUUCUGCCUCGUGAAGUGAAAGCAGAGGAUGAUGAUUUGGUGCUGACUCCUGAUGGAACGAGGGAGUUCUUGACUUUUGAGAUUCCUCUGAAUGACUCUGGUUCUGCGGGAUUAGGAGUCAGCGUCAAGGGCAACCGCUCCAAAGAGAACCACGCGGACUUAGGCAUCUUUGUCAAGUCCAUCAUCAACGGAGGAGCCGCCAGCAAGGAUGGGCGGUUGAGGGUCAAUGACCAGUUAAUAGCUGUGAACGGAGAAUCAUUGCUGGGGAAAACCAAUCAGGAAGCCAUGGAGACUCUUCGCAAGUCCAUGUCUGUGGAAAGCAAUAAGAGAGGCAUGAUCCAGCUCAUAGUGGCCAGGAGGGUCAAUGGGAGGAAUGAGGAGGACGCUCCAGAAAACCCCUCAGCAUCAGACGUGCCACUGGGUCGACCUCGCGAGGAGCUGGAGCGGCGUAUCUCACACUCACUCUACCCUGGAGCCAUAGAGGGUCUGGAUGACACCCUGAGCCCCCGACUCAGCAUCACUGGCAGAAUGAUGGGUAACUACCAGCUGUCCCCCACUGUGAACAUGCCUCAGGAUGACACUGUCAUUAUCGAAGAUGAUAGGCCACCCGUACUUCCUUCCCACCUGUCUGACCAAUCAUCUUCCAGCUCCCAUGAUGACAUGGGCUUUGUGACAGAUGUGCCUGCCUCCUGGGCCAAAGAUAUUCAGAAUCAAGAUGAGUGUUCUCUGAGCCCAGAUGCAGAUCCUGAUGGUGCAUUUCAGAGGGAGGGCUUUGGCAGACAGAGCAUGUCAGAGAAAAGAACCAAACAGUAUGGAGAUGCUACUCAACUAGAGAUCAUCAAAACUCGCAAAUCUAAGAGCAUGGAUUUAGUAGCUGACGAGAUUAACCUCACACCCCGCCCAAACAGGACAGAAGGCAACUCCACGCGAGACGUUGGGCCCAAUCUGGGCCUGAAGAAGUCCAGCUCCCUGGAGAGCCUCCAGACGGCUGUUGCCGAGGUAACGCUGAACGGGGACGUCCCCUUCCACAGGCCACGCCCUCGAAUCAUCAGGGGGAGGGGCUGCAACGAGAGCUUCCGGGCAGCCAUUGACAAAUCAUAUGACCGCCCUGUGAUGAGCAUGGCGGGUGAGGAGGAGGAGGAUGAAGGCAUGGAGACAUUGGAAGAGGAUACCGAAGAGAGUUCACGCUCUGGUCGAGACUCUGUCUCCACAGCGAACGAUCUACCACUCCCAGCUGGUGGUGCAGCCAUCCCAGAAAGCCAGGUGAAUGGAGGACAGUCCAAAGAUGACAAGAAGAAGGGAGGGAAGGAGAAAAAGGAGAAGAACAAAUCCAAGAAAGGCGUGCUCAAGGGCCUUGGUGACAUGUUCAGGUUUGGUAAGCACCGCAAAGACGAACGGACAGGAGACAAGGUGGAGCGCAAAGGCUCAAGCAAGAACAAAAUGGAAGACACCCAGGCCACAGAGGAGGAGAUGCAGAGGAUGCGUCUGGAGAGGGAGAGGAUCCAGGCCAAAACCAGGGAGUUGCGGGAGCGUCAGGCCAGGGAGAGAGAUUAUGCUGAGAUCCAGGAUUUCAACCGCACCUUCAGCUCUGAUGAAGAGCACACUUACGCAGGCAUUGGCUCACUGGACUCCUCCAUGGACAGUAGCCAGAGCCUGAACCAGCAGCCUCCUGGGCAGGAGCGGCCCCAAAGCCCCAGAGAGCAGCCCCUGGAGGCCCUGUACGCCCAGGUCAAUAAGCCUAGGAACUGCCGGCCUCCUUCAGCAGACAGCAACAGACUGGCGCCUAGCAACCAUGACCGGAUACAGCGGCUGAGGCAGGAGUUCCAGCAAGCCAAGCAGGAAGAGGAACCCGACGACCGUCGCCGCACCUACAGCUUCCAGCAGCAGCCAUGGGCCAAUGCCGGGGCCUACAGUCCAACAGGAAGGCAUUCUGUUUCCGUAGAAGUCCAGAUGCAGCGACAGAGACAAGAUGACCGUGACGCCUUCACACAGUCACAGAGACAGUACAACUCCCUACCAAGGCAACCACGUAAAAACCCCAGCACCAUAUCUCAAGACUCCUGGGAUAAGGUCUAUCCCCCUGGUGAGGUGUUCCAGUCUGCUAAAGAGAACCCACGCUACUCCAGCUAUCAGGGCGGCCGGGGCACUAAUGGUUACCUAAGCACCCCUGUGUCCGGCCUGAAUGCCCGCGUCCUGCUGGAAACCCAGGAGCUGCUGCGGCAGGAGCAGAGGCGUAAAGAACAGGAAGCUCAGGCCAAACUGGCUCCGUCACCUGACCCUCCUGCUGUGGCCCCCACACCCCCCAAGGGCCCCUACAGGCAGGAUGUCCCACCCUCCCCAUCCCAGCUCGCCCGUCUCAACCAUUUGCAGAGCCCUGAGAAAGGCCGGCCAUUUCACUCCUGAGUUGUGGAGGGAAGGAGAGAGAGAGAUUAGGUGGGACGAGUAAAGGGCCUGUAUAGGCCACACCAGCAGUGCACAGUGGUACUGGCGGGAGAUGCAAUUAUAGGCAAACUCUAGCAAUUUUUCAACCUUAUCUCUAUAUGCUAUGUCUGCGUCAUUCUGUCGAUUAACAUGGCCAAUAAUUUUGACCCAUUUCCACAUACUUAGAAAGGAAGAGAAAGUCAAUUUGCAUUAAACUUAUUUAUAAUGGAAGCUAUUGGGCCCUUGCUGAAUUCCUUGAACAGCCUUUUGAAAGAAGUGGCUACAUAACAUGAAUUUGAAAGUACAGCCAUUACACUCUUAACAGUACUAGGAGUGCUAGGAGGAGACAGACAUGAGAGAAUGUCUUACUAGAGCUGUUUUUAUAAAGUUUUAUCCAACUUAUGAACUCUAGAGCUGUAAAAAAAUACAGUUCUCAAAUAUCUUUUACUGAAGAAUUAAUGGAAGCGUUCUGCAAAAUGUGUCUUCAAGUAUUUUUUUUUGUUCUUUUCUAAGUACAGGGAAACUCUUUGCCAUGACUGUGAGUGGUAAUGUGGCUGGACGCUGUGGAUGUACUUAAUAGAGAUUUGAUUGAUAACUGCUGGAGUAUUUUAUUCAGAACUUUGAACUUUUAAACCUUUGAGAAAAAAAUGGGGUUUUGGUUAAUGAAUAUGUUUUUAAACAUGAAAUUUGCAUUGAUAUAUUUUUGUUUUUUAAUACAUGAUUGUGGUCUGCCAACUUCUCUUAGUAAAGUAGUUUUCAGUUCUGGUCCUGGAGGGCUGGUGUCCAGCACAGUUUGUUGAUUUUCCUGCACAAGGACACCUACUAAACCUGCUAAUCUCUUGUACCACAGCUGGACAGUCCUCUGUUUUAGUGUGUGUGUGUGUGUGAAUGUGAAUGUGUAUGAGUGUUGUAUCUUUAACCUGAGUUCCUCCCAGUUACCCUUGACAAUCACAUGUCAGCCAGCAUACAGCUUUGCUGCAUUGGUAUUCUUAUAGUGCUGCAACCUACAUAUCCUAUUUCAAAUCGAGCAUCAAUUUGGAAUGUCGAGUGCAGUGUUCAGGAAAGGAGAGGAUAUGAGUGGGUUUCAAAUAUUAUUCUGAGUAUUGCAAAGGAGAGGUCGUUGUGUGUGUCAGUGUGUGUGAGAGAGAGAGGAGGAGAGAGUCCAUAGGCUUUAGAUGUUUGACUGAAGUGUGUGGUGUAUGUGUAUGGUUGGUCCCGUCACCCAGCAGCCUUAAAAGAAAAUCCGAAGCUGAAUGUCAGAUGACCCCUAACUCCCCACACAGUGCACUAAAAGUCCACUGUAUAUUCAAUAGGGAGCCCUAUGGGAUUUGGCCCCAGUCACCUCUUACCUUUUAAAAUAAACAUCAGUAUAUUCCAUACAUCAGAGUUCCUCACAAACCCAGCACAAGAUAUAAUUGCAAAUUAAUGUCAUCAGGGUCCAUAAACAUCUAUCUGCCAUCCUUAUUUUUUUAAUUUGCAAAUAGUUUUUUCUUAUCUAUCCAGCUAACACAGCCCUGUACACACUGCUAAAGCUUCAAAUCCUCUGUUGUGCACAUGAACGCACCUGUCCUGGAAUAUCAUUCAUAUGAAUGGGGGCAGAGUUGGACUAUAAUUAAUGCACUGUGAUGAAAAAUUGAUUUGGAUGUCAUCUGUGUGUGGGCAUGUGUCUGUCUAUCUUGACCGGUCUUUGAUUAUGUAAACUCAGUCAGAUGUCGAGUCUAGUCCAUACUGAAUGUGUUAUCACACAGGUUAAUGGGGAAUUGCUCAUACUUUGUAUGCAGUAAAACAUUAGUGCUUAUGUUAAACCUGACCCCACUCUGAUCUCAACAACCCGCUCUCAGCUCCAGCUCCCGUCGUACAUCACAUUUAUAGUCAUUAAACUCAAUGUACAACUCGCAUCAAAUGUUGCUUUAUGCUUGUUUCUCUGUGUGUGUGUGUGUGUGUGUGUGUGUGUGCGUGCGUGCGUGUGUGUGUGCGUUAGUGUGUGUGUUUUCAAAAAUUUAGAUUUACAAAAAUCAGAAAAAACGUGACCUACAAUGUAAAGUGCUGAAAAUGCUCCUGACUUUGUAAAAUAUAUUUUUUUUAAACAAAAGCUAUAUUUCAGUUUUUAAAAGUCUAUUUUUUGUAAGAGUAAUGCAUUUAGAAUACAUAUAGGACAUGUUGUUAUUAUAAUGUGUGCUAUGUUCAAAAGUUUGAAAUAAUUUGUCAAAUUAAUAGUUAUUUUAUUCAGUAACACAUUAAGCACUGUAGAAGUGUUCAGAACACAAGGGGUUAUUUAGUGAUCAAUAAUAUGUACUUAUUUAUUUAUUGCAAUUCCUUGGCAAGUUAUUUUCCUCAAGAUUUGACUUUUUUCUCUAAAUAUGAGGCAUUCUGGAUAGAACUUUAUUCUCAAUGUUAUACGGAUUUCUCAAUGAUUAAGUAAUCAUUUACGUCUUUGUUCAUUUUCCAGGACACAUUUAACAUUUCUUCACUUCUUUUUACAGCUUCCAACAAAUUAGUUCUAAUCAGUGCGGUUGUAGAGCAGGGUUUUGCAACCACUGGACGUGGACCGCAAAACAUCUUUUGUUAGUCCUCAAGCCAGUACUGAAGGGGGCAGUGGUCCGCAGAGGGUGGUGAUGGCACUUUGAUUUAACUUUUAAAAAAGUCAAAUUUGUAGCAUUAAUGUCACACUUUGUCCCCUUAAGUCUAGAAGCAAUAUACACAAAAUACUGCAACCCCCCCCCCCCAAGACAAAAAAUUGUGUUAGAGAAACUUUUAAACUCAAUAAACAUAUUUAAUUUGCUUAAAUCUUAUGUUCGCUUAAAUGUGUUGUAUUUUGCAGGGAAAGACAACCAAACAUAGCUAUGUAGAAAAUUUGACCUAUAUUUCCACGUGGGUCUUCAUACUUUUUAGUGAUGAGUAGGUGGGCCUUGAAAUGGAAAUGGUUGAGAACCCCUGUUGUACAGUAGCAGCAACACAACAGAAUCAAUUCAUACAUUUAUCUACAACAGAAUUGUUUUUAUAUUAUUGAAAACAAUGAUUUCAAACUUUUGAACAGUAGUGUAACUAUAAUACAUAUGGAACAUAUUAAUAGUAUUUCUAUAUACAAGUACUUACAUUAAUAUAAGGGUCAGUGUAUCAAAGUAUAAAAACAAACCUGUGUUCAUGUCUAUGUGAAUGUGUGAGUUUGUGAGUGUGGCUGUGUGUCCAUCACUGUUGCCUGUAACAUGACUCUCUCAUGGAUGAGCUGAACUUUGGCAGUGGGAUAAAGCGCUUGGCUGUGGACCACAGAGUAAAAGCUGAAAGAGCUGUAGUGAUGUCACACAAAAGUGAAGGCCAAGCCAGGCACUGCUGUAGAGUCUCGAACAGAGCUGGAACAAAAGGCUUUCUGGCCUCUUCUCUCAUUCAUUCUCUUUUCCUUUUCCUCUCCUUCUCUUUUCUGUAGGGAACAAAAUACAGUAACAUUGUCUUUGUGUACACAGCAAAGACCGAUAUCUUCCUGUGGUUGGAGAAACUGGUACUUUCCAGAGACUGCCUUUUGGUCCUGUGGUACGACAGAUGUCUCAAGUAUUGCCUCUUUGUGAAAGAACUUUAUAGAACAUAAGCAUUUUGUGUUUUUUUUUUUGGCAUUAGCUGUUUUCCUAUUUCAGAUUUUGUAUUUUAUGCAUUACAUAAAUGUCAGAGAUGCUGGAGAUGGUUUAAGUGCCUGUAGGGAGGGAUGAUGUUUUGUACUUCAUGUCAUGGAAUGCACAUUUUAUCAUAUGCGAUUAUUCUACUUGUUUGUUGUCAUAUUAACACACAACUUCCCAUUACAAACCAUUCGGUUGAUUCCUUGAAAGAGAAACAAAAAGUAAUAUGCACAUGUUUUUGUAUUUUUAUGACUUUUACAAUGUAUGUAUUCUCCAGAGGUAAAGUGGUAUCCCAGAUAACCCAGAUAAAUGUAAGCACAGUGCAAUUGUGUUUUUCUCAUAGUCUUUAUACAUACUGUAUGAAACUGUACACAGCUAUUUCUCUGUACAUAUCAAAUCUAGAAGAAAUAAACAGAAGGCUGUUCCUUCAUCUUGUUUACAGUAA